UACGGUAUAUAUUUACAAAUAAAGUCAUAGGUUAAAAAUGAAUUCUUCAUCACUCCCGACUGAAUGUCUUCGUGAAAUAUUUGAAUAUGCUUACGAAAGUGAUGAUUUGGAAACUUUAGGUUCCUGCUUAUUGGUAAACAGAAAAUGGUGCAAGACUGUCGUUCCAGUAAUGUGGAGAAAUCCUUGGGCAUUGUCUUGGUUUAAUUGGAGAGAAAAAUCAACAAGGUCAAUAACAAGUACCAUUUACGCCCUUUUACCACAUGAUAUAAAGACUGCUUUUAUAACUAAUGGAAUCUCAAUAAACCCUCCAACGACUAAAGUUCCUUUAUUUAAUUAUGUUCGAUAUAUUCAAGUUUUAGAACAUCGACAUAUUAAAGGGUUAAUACAUGGAGUAUUUGAUUUUGAGCUUUAUAAUUUAUCGAAUACGAAUAACACGAAUCAUAAUUUGAUGAUUGUCGAAAGAUUACUAUACAACUUUUUUUUAAUCGAUUCAAAUAUUAAAUAUCUUGAAAUUCCUCGGUUUCCUUUAUUGAGAGUGGCUACCCCAGAAUAUUGUUUUUCUGGUUUAAAAGAAGUUACAUGUAAUGCUGAUAUUUCACCACAGAUUUUCAAAGAUUUGGGAAAAGUUUGUACUAAUAUAGAAAAGCUUAUAAUUAAUAGAGCGGUCGUUGACAAUGAAGGAUUAGCUUUUUUAAUUCGAGUUCAAAAAAGAUUACAAUAUUUAUCAAUGUGCGAUAAUGUAAUAGGUGAAGCAGACUCUGUAAAAAUUGGGAAUAGUCUAGAAAAACAUGAAAAUUCCCUGCUCAAUAUUCAUUUUCGUGGACAAAUCUUUUUUUCACCAAAGAUACUUGCAAAAUUUUCAAACUUAAAGUUAUUGAACCUUGAAUUAUCUGCGGAGAAACCUAUAAUAUUACAUGAUUCUUCAAAUUUUCCAUUUCUUGAAUUUCUGGAAAUUAUUUAUGAUAGAUUCACUCCAUACUAUGUUUUCACAAACAUAAUUAAGAAAACCAAAGGUACACUUCUUAGAAUUGCCAUGAAUGUAAUCGAAGAACCUGAAAGUGAGAGAGAAGCAAAAGAUUAUGUGUUAGCUAUUGCAAAUCAUUGUCCAAAGAUUGAAUUUGUCACAAUUUGGUAUAAAGAAGGUAUUAAUGAUGUUUUAGAGAUUAUGUUACAAAAAUGUCAGAAAUUGGAAGGUAUUAAACUAAUAACUGUUGAAAAUAUUAAAGCCUUACCAUUAUUAAUAAUAUUGGCAAAUAAAGCUCCCCGAUCGUUGAAAAUUAUAAAUUUAAGUAGUAUUGGAGAAUUUUUUCAUGGAAAUAUGGGAUGGGAAUUUUCUCCUUUAGAUUUGUCAAAAUUUUUUGAAAUGUGGAAAGGACGUGAAUUACUUAAUUUUUAUAUUUCGGAUGUUAGAGGGAAUUUAACAAAAGAAUGCGUUAAAAUUUUACAUAAAUAUUUAAAUUAUGAUAAAGUAUUAAAUAACUGGGAAGAAAUUCAAAUGCUAGAAGAUUCGGAAGAUAUUGUUAAUUGUUGGGAAACUUGUGAGUUAUGGAUGACUGCCGAAUAUAGAGCAUAAUGUAUUUACUUAUAGAAUAUACAGUUUUUAACUAAUUUAAAAAUUUUAUGUUUAGUCUUCACUUAAAUUGUUAGAUUAAACAUAACAACAUAGAAUGACAAUAAAAGUAGCACACUAAAGUUAUUUGUUAAUUAUCAUUAAAUUGAUUUUCUACCAAUUUUGUCCCUAGAUUUCUUUCUCGUUGUUAUAAAGUAUUU